AUGUUGGGCCGAGAACCAUGGAUUGUCUCCUCGACUUUUGAGUUGGACAACAAGGACGUUGUUGGGCGCAAGUUAGUCAAAGAAGAGGAGGUUAGUAAGACGAGGCACGAACAGGAAGAGUUUGUUUGCCACUAUUGUGAUGCGAGAUUCAAGAUCAGAGGGUAUUUGACUAGGCAUAUCAAAAAACAUGCUUUGCAGAAAGCUUACUAUUGUCCGUAUUACAACGAGAAGGCACCACCAGAUUUACGUUGUCAUAACAAUGGUGGAUUUAGCCGUAGAGAUACUUAUAAAGCUCAUAUGAAGACGCGGCAUAUCAUGUACCCAAGUGGUGUUAAAUCGCAGGAGAGGUUUAAAUCCUCAGGCCAUUGUUCUCACUGUGGGGAAUACUCUCCAAAUGUUGAAUUUUGGGUUGAGGACCAUGUUGAGUCAGGCCAAUGUACAGCAUUACCUGAAGAGUAUAUCCUAAAACAAUCCAAGAAUGGCAAGACAGAGAGGAAAGUGAAUAGAGUCAAAAUGAUAAAAACCUCUAAUGGGCAAUCCCGUUUUAUCUCAACAACACGAAGCAUUAUGGAUUCGAAAGUACUUCUCAAUGAAGACGCGAUGGAAGCACUUACAAUUGUGGCAGAACACGCCAAAAGAAGUGAUAUAUUGACCAAAUACGGAACAAACAAGAUAUUACUUGACUCUGCUGACUUUGAUAAGGAUGUGUUAGAGUCAAAACCAAAAAAUCGCUACACAGAGGAACCACUAGAAGACGAAGAAGAAGAAGAAGAAGAGAUGGGCGGCCACCCAUUUUUUGGUAGACAAAAAAUCCCAAGCUUUAAGCCAUUGGAUACCGAAAACACAAAUAAACAGGAUCAAUGCAUCAAAAAGAACUCCGCCGACCAACAUGUUCCUCCUUUGGAUUCGGAACAAAGCUCCAUGAACUUAGAUUACCUGUUAGAAUUUGAGGCUGGUACUCAAUCGGUGAAGAAUCCUCUUCCUAGAUUCAAUAAGGAUGUGAUAUCCAAGCAAUCACAGAGGAGCUUAGAAGAAUACACAACAUUGUACACUGAAUACUUCAAAGAUACCUUUAAUUGA